AUGUUAGCCCUCGUACUGGCCAGAAUCGUCACCUGGGCAUUCUCAGGCAUCCCCUUCGGGCACACCCUUGACUGGGCCGUGAUUAUUUUGGACAUGCAGGCCAUUUACAUCAACUCGGUAACCUCGGCGCUGAUAGUCUUUAUCUUCGCUUUCCUCGCCAACGUUCAGGAGCGCCGCACCGACUACAUCUAUCGUUCUUUCGCCUCCAUCUUCGAAGUGGACUCGUCAGUGGAGCUCAAGCUACGCGUUCUCAGCGGCGACAACACGUCAAACCCGAGGGUCGUUAUCCCAGGCCCAGAGGCCGGGAAAUUUCAGCGGGCCAUCAUCUACUUUGCCGACCUGGCGGGCAUAGGUGUCAUCUGCUCGAACGAAAUCACGGCCGUUCUCGGCGGGGUCACCAUCCUCGGGCUCCUCGCCGGCGACACGGCGAUGAAGUGGUCCACGAGCUGCCAGUUGCUCUGCAACAUCCCCCCGGGGCGUUGUUGA